AUGGAUAAUCAACUAGAAUUGUUAGCUAAUGAAAUUGAACAUCAUAUUCGUAUCAAUGAUUCUAAUGACAUCGAACAAAAUUUAAAGUCAUUAUCAACACUAAUAAAAGAAUGUCAUCAGACUCAUGUAAACCUAAACAAAGAUCUGUACGUUCAAAUUAAUGUUAUCAAUCAAUUAUUUAUCGAACGUGAAUCAUUAUCGGUAUCUCUAUUUACUGAAUUAAUGAAUGUUCAACGUAAUUUAUAUGCAACAACAAAGGAUCUGAAUGAAAACGACUUACACGUGUUAAAAUUAAAUAUUACGAGUAUUAUGAAACUUCUUUUUGAGAAUACAAACAUAAACGAUGAUAUUCUUAAAUUAUCGAUUAGUUUCUUACAAUAUUUACAUAACAUAGCACGUUCAUUAGUACGACAACAAACGACAGCAAUAAAAAUUCGACAUUUAGCAUCAUUUUGUAUUAUGCAUCAACAACAAGGAGCCACAGAUGUUGACAAAAGUCUUCGAUUAAAAUUAAUUGAUAUAUGCGCUUGUCUAAAUUGUGCUUGUUUAGAAUUGUCCAAAUCAUCAUCGUCUCUAAGGAUUAUUUUGCAAUAUGAUUUAUUAUUAAAAUAUUUUUAUACACAGUUCAUUUUGGAUAAUAUUGAUCAACUGCCAUGGUUAAAACAAAUGUCAACAAACAUAAUCAUGAAUAGUUCAUUUAGUUCAUUUAUUAGUGAAAAAUAUUUAUCACAAAUUUCAUUAGCGGAAAUAAAGAUGGAUAAUUCGAACAAAUUAAUUUACAAUGACAUCAUCAAAUCUGUUCAACAACGACCACAACAGCAACAACAGCAGCGAUCGAUUUCACUCGAUUUUUCAUCUGAUGAAUUAUGUACUGUUAUCCAUAAGUAUUUUAGUUCCAUUCAAGAAUUAUUUGCUAAUAAUGAAACACUUGAAAUUCAUCUUGCUCAUUAUUUCUCAAUAGUUUCCAUCAAUUAUAAUUCCAUACCAUUUGUCAAUCUCACAUGUUUAUUUGAACUCUAUUGUUGUUAUCUUCAUCUGCUACUAACUACGAUGAAACAACAAUCUUUCUCGAAUGAUGAUGAGUCUCUAUUCAAAAUUCGUUUGAAAUUAUUUCGUUCAUUAUUAAAUUUAACUAAUGAUUAUUAUGUCGAAGGUGGUAACGAAAUUGACAUGCGACCAACAAUUACCUAUUUAACAUGUCAAUUAUUAAAUGAGAUCCAUCACAUUCGAUUUAACAGAACAGACUGUCAUGUACCGAUCUUAGAUUUAUUUAAAAUUCAACUUGAUAUUGGUAAAGAUGAUUACAAUGUGUCAGUUACAUUUGAUUUGAUAUCCGAUUUGCUGUGUCUGCUCGCAGCAUUAAUCUAUAAGAAUGUGAAAUGUCAAAAUCUGGUGAGAGAAUGCGAUACAAUUAAUGCGAUUUUAUCAACAACGAGUAUCGAUUUGAAUCAACCCAAAACACAGCCGACAGCCACAUGGACAAUUAAAUGUUUAUGCGAAGAUAAUGAACAAAAUCAGGAGUAUAUUCGACAAUUAAAAAAAAUUUAA